AUGCUGUUGCUAACUUUAAUCAUCUGCUCCUGUGUUCUGCUGGUGAUUUACAUUAUGCAGCAGCUAAGUCGUGUUCGCUACACCAACAACCUGAAGCCCGUCCAGUCGGGACUACCCGUGCUCGGGCAACUGCCGAUGUUCUGGAAAAAAAGCGCCAGUCAAGCAUUCUGGGCAGUAACGCAGUGUUUCAUGCAGAUCGAUCGACUUGGAAAAUUAAUGCUGGGCCCAUUGCUGCCGGUGGCUUUGGUCACUCAACCAGACCUUUUGCAAAUUGUUUUAACCAACAGCAAUCUGUGCGGGAAACCUUUUUUCUACGAUUUCUUGCGACUGCAGGGUGGUCUCAUCACCGAAAGGUCGGUAGAAAAAUGGCGCCGUCUUCGGAAGAUCCUGAAUCCCACCUUUAACAAUCGAAUGCUGACCAGCUUUCUACCUACCAUGGAUUACCGUGCCAAUAAGAUGGUGGCAAAAUUAGUGCCUCUAGCGGAUGGACAGACGGAGGUGGAUAUCAUGAAUUUCAUUUGUGAGUGCUCACUGGAGAUGGUAUUCAGCACUACAAUGGGACGCAACGCACACGAACUGCCCGGCCAGCGAGAAUAUUUACGAAACAUAGAAAUUAUUCGAGAUCUUCUCGGAGAAAGAGUUCUAAACGCAAAUCAAUACUUCGAAGUCUUCUAUCGAAUGAGCAAUGCUUACAGGACAGACCAAACUUCGAGAGAAAUUUGCAAUAAAUUUGCAGAGAAGAUUAUCAUCGAAAGGCGCAAAGAGCUUGAAGAGGAAUCAAAUAUCGUAACUGAAAAAGAUGAAUUCAAAUCAAAAUCACUAAACUUUUUGGAUGAGGAAAUUUCCGCUCAACUACACACUAUAAUGACCGCCGCACUCGACACAUCAGCUUUGACCAUAGCCUACACCUGUCUAUUCCUUACAAUGAACCCGGAGGUACAGUCGAAAGUCCUAGCCGAGAUGAAAGAUGUAUUUCACUCACCAUCGGUGGAAGUCAACUGCGAUACUCUCAAACAGCUUGAGUACACUGAUAUGGUCAUCAAGGAAGUUCUUCGACUCUGCCCGGUUGCUCCACUUAUCGCACGUGAAACCUCGGAAGAAAUCGUGCUCGAUGGUGUUUGCAGCCCGAAGGGACAAAUUUUGGCAAUAAAUUUCUACGCCCUGCAUCGACGCAUGGACUUCUGGGGUACCGAUCCGGAACGCUUCGACCCGGAACGAUUCCGUCCGGAGGAGUGUGAAAAACGUCAUCCGUACGCCUAUCUCCCGUUCAGUGGAGGCCUUCGGAAUUGCAUCGGUAGUCGAUAUGCAGUGAAUUCGAUGCGAAUAAUGUUGCUGAGAAUUCUACAACAAUUUGAGUUGCACACCGAUCUAAAGCAAUCCGACUUGAGGUUCAAGUUUGAGAUAACAUUGAGGCUGACCGAACCACACCGGGUGCGAUUGGUGAAGAGAAAUAAAUGA